AUGGGUUUCAGCAGAGCUUCGUUGGGCUUCUUGGGCCUCUUUUUCAUGGCCAGUUCCAUCUUGCUCAUCUUCCUCACACUGCUGGGUGGUGCUCGUAACUCAACCCCGCUUAAUGAAAUCUACUUCCUUCAAGCGAACACGAGCGCCAUCACAGGCGCUCCGUCGGUCUCACGCUGGACGUUCUGGAAUAUUUGCAGUGUGUCCAACGGCAAGAAUGUCUGUGGUAGCUCACACCCGGAUUUCCCAUUCGACCCGACACGCUCUGACAAUUUCAACACUACCGUUGGCGUGCCCCAUCAAUUCAUCGGAACUAAGCACUACUACUUGACCUCUCGAUUCAUGUUCCCAUUCAUCAUCAUUGGACUCUUCUUCGCUGUUGUUUCGCUCUUCACCGGACUGCUAGCUAUGUGUACUCGCAUUGGCAGCUACGUCUCGGGUUUCCUCGCGUGGCUUGCUCUGACUUUCCAGGUGAUCACGACCUGUCUGAUGACUGCUGUCUUCGUCCAGGGCCGCAAUGCUUUCCAAAGCAAUGGCCAGAGCGCAAAGUUGGGUGUCAAGGCUUUCGCCUUCAUGUGGACUGCCAGUGCAACGCUGUUCAUCUCGUGUCUAUGCUACUGUCUCGGUGGUGCAGUUGGCCGCAAAGAUGGCAGCGGUUACAGCGGACGCAAGGAGCGUCGUCGUGGUUUCUUCUCUUCUGCCCGCUCCAACAGUGUUCAUAGCGAGAAGAGAGAGGAGGCCGCCGCAGCUGCCGAUCCUAACUACGCGUAA